AUGGCUUCGCUUCUGAAAAAAUGGCUGCCUGGGGUGCCCUCAUCAGUUUCUCAAGAUAACGACGAUCAUGACCUUGAAUACUCCAUUGCUAUGAUAUAUGAUGGUCCUGCUGUAAAUUACUCGAUCCCAGAAAUAGCUCCUUUGAAAAUUGAUCAAAUUCCAAUUGCUUCUGUAGCUUCUAUUUCUUCUGAUCAACUUUCUGUUCCAAUCAUCCAGCCCAUUGUGAAAACCAGGCAUGCAAACUAUGACUCUAAAUCCAACUCCCAUUCCUCAACCAUUGAAUUUCCAAACAGAAUUAGUAACUCAGGUUCAUUGGGCACUGAUGAUAAAGAGGAAAUAUUCUUUCAAAGUGAUCCGAACCCCGCCAACUCGGAAAUAACAGAAUCGGGCUCGAACUCUCAAUCUCUCUCCUCUGAGAUUUCUUCUUGCAGGGGAGCUGACUGUAAAAACGACACAACCAGACCCACACAUAUCAAGCGACCUUCAACUGUAACUUUCCGCGAUCCUGAGUCAGAUGCCAUGAUAGUAGUGAGCGCAAGACCUGUUGAUUCUCAAGCUGGAAGGUACCCUGUGAGACCAAAAGUUGAGAGAACUGGUAACAAAGGUACAUGCCAUCGAUGCCAUAAGGGUAAUCGCUUCACUGAGAAGGUAAUUUGCAUUUCUUGUGAUGCAAAGUACUGCCGCAAUUGUGUCAUAAGAGCAAUGGGGAGCAUGCCUGAAGGAAGAAAAUGCAUUACAUGCAUUGGCUAUCGAAUCGAUGAAAGCAAACGAAGAACCUUGGGAAAAGGUUCUCGGAUGCUGAAGCACUUGAUGUCUGAGCCGCAAGCGAAACAAAUAAUUUAUGCUGAGAAGUUUUCUGAAGCAAACCAAAUACCACCAGAACUUGUUUGUGUGAAUGGGGAACAACUUAAUAGGAAACAGAUGAUGUCACUCUUGAGCAGCUCAAAUCCACCAAAAAAGCUAAAGCCAGGUUUUUAUUGGUAUGAUAAGGCAUCCGGUUUAUGGGGAAAGGAGGGUAAACGGCCAACUCAAUUUAUAAGCCCCCGGCUGGACGUUGGAGGUGUCUUGAAGGAAAAUGCAAGCAAUGGAAACACAAAUGUGUUCAUAAACGGUAGAGAGAUUACCAAAGAAGAGCGCUGGAUGCUUAAGGCAGCAGGAGUGGCAUGUGAAGGAAAGCCUAAUUUUUGGGUGAAUGCUGAUGGAUCGUACAAAGAGGAGGGGCAGAGGAAUACCAAGGGGUACAUAUGGAAUAAGACUGCACCGAAGCUAGUUUGUUUGAUGCUAUCUCUGCCAAGGCGUCCAAACUCUUUCCCUCUUUGCAGUGAAGAAAGAGUCAAUACAGUUACCCAGCACCGUAUUGAGAAUAAAACGCUUCACAAAUUUUUACUUGUUGGAUCAGUCAAAUCUGGAACAAGCACUAUAUUUAAACAGGCCAAGCUUCAGUACAAUGUCCCUUUCUCCCAUAAUGAGCUCCAAAAUAUCAAGCUGGUGAUCCAGAGCAACCUGUAUACCCACCUUGGCAUAUUGUUGGAGGGCUGUGAGAAAUUUCACGAAGAGAGUUUGCUGCAGAAUAAGAAAAGACGGAUGGUUAAUGAUUCCACCUCAUCUGAGAUUACAGGCAAUACUAGAGAAACAACAAUUUAUUCUAUAAGCCCAAGACUGAAAGCCUUCUCAGAUUCACUCAUCAAAUAUAUGGCGUUGGGUGAUUUUGGUGAGAUAUUUCCAGCAGCUACGUCCGAGUACGCAUCUCUUGUAGAGGAGCUAUGGAGGGAUGCAGCCAUUCAAGCAACCUACGGCCGACGAGAUGAGUUAGAAAUGCUACCAAGAAAUGCAAGUUAUUUUCUAGACCGGGCUGUUGAGAUUUCCAAGACAGACUAUGAACCCUGUGUUAUGGAUAUCUUGUAUGCCGAGGGUAUGGCCUUAUCCAACAGUCUUGCUUCCAUGGAAUUUUCAUUUCCCAAGCCAAUUGAUGAAGACUCUGUGUUCUCAGAGUAUCGACAUGAUCCUUCUUUCAGGUACCAACUGAUCAGAGUACAUCCCAGAAGCCUGGGAGAGAACUGUAAGUGGUUGGAGAUGUUUGAAGACAUGGAUGUUGCUUUGUUCUGUGUCGCCUUAACUGACUAUGAUGAGCAUACAGUUGACAGCAAUGGAGUUUCUACAAACAAAAUGCUCGCAGCUAAGCAUCUCUUUGAGAACAUGAUAAGACAUCCAACCUUCAAUGACAAGAAAUUCUUGUUAAUACUGAACAAAUUUGAUCUUUUUAAGGAAAAGAUUGAAUUGGUACCUCUAACACAAUGCGAAUGGUUUUCUGACUUCAAUCCAGUGAUUAGUCACAAUCAAAACAGCGCCUGUACAAGUAACCGAAUCAAUAACACCCCACUAGCUCACCGUGCUUUCCAAUAUAUUGCUGUAAAGUUCAAGAAGCUGUUCAAAUCUCUCACAAACCGAAAGCUGUUUGUUUCACUGGUUACCGGUUUAGAACCUGAUACUGUUGACGAGGCCCUCAGCUAUGCAAGAGUAAUCACGGCAUGUGAAAAAUGGAUACCACCUUCUUGCCAGCCUGAGAUUUUUUCAACCACCUUUGAAAUAGAGGAGGCAAGCUCCUUCUGAUUCUUCCCCCAGAUAAUUGAUAUACAGACUAUUUUGUUAGAACAGUCCAUGUCUAUUCUCAGAAAGUUGUUUGCCCAUUCUUGAGGUUGAAGCUGCGACCUAGAUUCAUAUUUAAGAACAGGUAUGUUCCGUUUUAGCUUUCCAUAUACUUGUGUAAAUCAAUUAGCUUUCCAUAUACUUGCGUAAAUCAAUACUUUUGCACAAAGCAUCGGAGGAAAGAGUUGCUUGUGAUCAUGUUUGAUCUCAAUGGUACAAGGUGAAUUUCUGCUAA